UCUUGACUUUUCUUUCCGUAUCUCUCCUCUUCUGUCUUUUUCCCUCCUCUCUCUUCUUCUCCUUCAGCUAUGGGGAUCUCUUUUAGCAACCGUAGACGAAACAACCACCACCGCCGCUACCACCAUCACCUCCCUCCUCCUCCGCCUUACUAUUACUCGGAUCAACCUCAACAACCGCCGCCGCCUCAACCACCGCACAACGAGUACAGCUACACUCACAACCACCUCGUUUCAGCUCCGCAACACUCUCUUCCUCCACCCUCUCAGCCUCAGCCUCAGCCUCAGCCUCAGCCUCAUCCUCCGCCGCAGAUUAAUUACGGAUCCUACGGCUAUAACUAUAAUCAAAUUCAAAACCCGCAACAGCAGCAGCCUCCGUAUUUCUCCGGUUACCAUCCCAAUGGGUGGAAUACGAUGAUGAGACCGGUUUUCUACGGUCCGGCUGUGGUGGUUGACCAACAGCCUCCUCAGCCGUACGUGGAGCAUCAGAGCGCUAAGAAGGUGAGGAAUGAUGUCAAUGUCCAUAAAGAUACGGUGAGGCUCGAAGCAGACGAUCUUAACCCUGGCUAUCAUCUUGUUUCCUUCCUCUUCGAUGCCGUAUUCGAUGGCAGUUUUACUAUCAUAUUUUUCGCAAAAGAGGAAGAAAACUGCACAAUGGUCCCUCAAUUUCCAGAAGCUUUCAAACCAACCCAAGUCCCUUUCCAAAAAGGUACAGCACAGAAGUUUGUACAACCUUCGGGGACAGUAACAGACCUAGGUUUCUUUUCACUCGACGAUCUAUCGAACCCAUUACCAGACGAGGUGGACCCACUUGUAAUAUCCGCAGAGACAGUGAUCUCACCAAGCUCGGGUUCAGAGGAACCAUUAGUUCACAAGCAAAUCACGCUAGCGUGUUUGGAGAAGACUGACGAUGGAUCUUUCAAAGUGAAAGUCAUGAAACAGAUCUUAUGGAUCGAAGGAGCUAGAUAUGAGCUACGUGAGUUGUAUGGUAUCGAUAACUCGACCGCACAAGAUGAUGAUGUUGCGUCAGGGUUAGAGGAUAGUGGUGACAAAGAAUGUGUUAUUUGCUUGACUGAACCUAAGGACACCGCCGUGAUGCCUUGUAGACAUUUGUGUUUGUGCAGUGACUGCGCUAAAGAACUGAGGUUUCAGUCAAAAAAAUGUCCCAUUUGUCGACAACCUUUCGAUGAGCUUUUAAUGAUUAAAGUGGAAAGUAGCAAUGAACAACACUGAAAAAGAGGUUUCUUCUUUGCUUCACUCUUAAGUUUGUUUCUUUUGUCUCUUGAAAGCCUCAAAUCAAAUUCUUUUACCUUUUUUACUUAUACAAACCCUGUCUGAUGUUUUCUCAUUUCAUACUCUUCACAGAUUUGUUGGUUUUAGUUUCGAAAAUUUGAAAGAAAAACAUCAGUAUUGUAUAUAUUUCUAAUGGCUUCUAGAGAAGCUCUCUAUUUGUUUCUUUCUGCGUGAAGCACUCAUCA